AUGGGUAUUACUGAUUUAGAUUUGACGAUCGAAGAGGAGGAGAAAGCUAUCGUCCAGCUGAUAGAACAGGCCGUUCACCUUCUCGGGGGUACGAUGUUCGUCACAGGCGCUCGCCGCCGCGAACCCGCUCUCCACCCCGACAGCGAGCAGACACCUGGGUGCCUCCGUCUAAUAGGGGAUAUGGGCGCCCACGAAGAAGGGGAUUUGGCCCAAACGGCUACGAAAGAAGACGAUCACCGCCAAGAAGAUUCUCACCCAGAAGAGAAGAAAGGAUCAGGUCCCCGCCGGCGAUUUGGCGUUCAAAAUCGCCUUUCAAUGAUGGAAGAUCACGCGAUUCAUCUCGUGGCCACAAUAGCCCGAGACGGCCGCGCGACGCAACACCGGGCACUCAGGGUUUCCGACCAUCCAGGAGAGAUGGCCCACCAGCCCCUAGCCUCGACAAACUCUCUAGAGCCUCUUCGCCAAGAGCGCCGUCAGAAGUUUUGCCGCCGCAAAGUCCAGCACCUGGUCCCCGCGGAGACCACGCGCCUGAUAGAACGAGCCAGGACCGAAUUUUAUCAUCACGACAUGCUUCGCCUGCACAAGUCGUCGCUUCACAAUCAGAGACUAUAUCUCAACGUUCAUCUCCAGCCGUGGAAAAGGCUGGUUUCGUGUCACAAGGAUCACGUAGUCGCUCACCGGUACACUUGGGCCCACAGCGUUCGUCCAAACCACCAGGCCGAUCUCCGUUCCAGGACCAGAUUCCUGACACGGACUCUUCCAUUAUCCCAAGGCGAUCAGAGCAUGGAGAGCGACUAUCUUUGA